AUGUCGGCGGAAGGAUUUUGGUUGUUCGAAGGUCUAGAAGAAGAGCCCUACGGACUUUUGCCACUGGUAAAUCUUUCUGGAAAAGGUGGGCCAACAUCGACGAAAUAUGUUGAACGAAUCGGUUCGUAUCAGUGGUAUUUAGGUGAUGACGGUCCUACAAUUGUUAGAUCCAACUGUAAACUGAAUGCAAUAUUUGUCGAGCUUUCCAGCAUCUCGCGCAGAAUUAUUUCGUCUCUCCAGUUAUUCAGAAAUGCUCAAUUGCAGCAUCUUAUUCUUACUCCUGAUAAAUUUAAGAUGCCCGGAAUGCCGUUGGAGUCAUUCUUUUGGCCAGGUGGGAAGUUGCAACAAGAUCGAGGCGUUGUUAUUUAUGAUGUGAAUCAUAUGAAGAUUCGUGAUGGUCCACUGGAUACAGCAAUAUUGGCUGCACGACAUCUAACAUCGAAAACGAAGAAACCGAUCAAUUUCAAUGAAUUCGAUUUUAUCACUGAUGUUGUUAAUCUGCAAAAGCUGUUCGCAUUUGCUCAGGAAGCUGGUGAUGGGUUGUUUCGAAUCGACGUCGAACGAGUCGGCAAAACCAUACUUUUCACCAGAAUGGAAGCUUCAGAUCUAAUGGAGAUAGGACACGUUACUUACGAUCAAGCGCUGAAACGGAAAAUGGCUAAACCUCGUUCAAAGUUCACUGGAGGACCGUUCUUCCAAUUAGUUCAAUACCAGUUUGGCAAUUUCAAAAUUCUGGUUCGUUUUGAAGUGGACUGUGCUGAUUAUGCAGCCGUUAAAGCAGCAAGUCAAGCGAACCCAGAAAUGGAUAAUGAACCACAACCCGAAAAGAAACGUUUUGAAGAGAACAGUUCAAUUGAAUACAUGGAAUGUGGUGAAAUACCUCGUGAUGUACCACUACAAUUACUGACUACUUACCCGCAAGGUGCUGGUUUUCCGUUCUUUACGUGGGCUCAGAUGUUCUUCACGUGUGCAAAUCAAGAAAUUGUGGGCUGGUUCAAAGGUAACGGUGACUUCACAAAGCCUGCGAUGAAUACGUUGGCUGAUAUAUCCAAGUUGAUGAAACCAUUACCUUAUGCAGUAUUAUCGAAAGUGCACGAUUGCUUGGCAAAAAUAGCCAAAUUUAUGAUCAAAAAUGAUGCCGAUUUCAAAUGCGCAUUAGUGUGGAAGGGUAAAAAUCAUUUGGAAAUUUUUGCAAAAGAUCCAAGUGCUGGGGGUGCUGUAUCGAGUGGCGUUAAAGCGUUCCUUCAGACGCAGUGUCCUGAGCCCGAGCAACCAGAUGAAUAA